AAAAAUUUGUAAAUGAGGAGAGGAGCCAAAAGACAAAACAGCACAGGAAAGGCAGGAAAAUAAGAAAUAUCAAAGUACUCUUCUUCUGAGUAGGAAAGAUGGAUAGAUCUGCACAAGAUCUCUUUUGCGGAGUUUUAGUCGCAUAUGAGAAUCGGGCAAGCGGGGCAAGCUCAUCACUUGCUGACCGGGUGUUUUGCUGCCCUGUCUGCUACGAAAAAUACACUUCCAACAUUAUGAUGUGCCAAAAAGGACAUGCAGUGUGCCAAAAAUGUUAUCCACAUCUCGAACAAUGCCCCUUGUGCUGUGCCAGAUACUUAGGAACUCGCAAUUUCAUCCUGGAGGAGAUAAUUAGUGAGCUAAAUCGAUUGAAUACAUGUCCGGAAGAUGCAGUUAAAUAUAUUUUGGAUGCUGCAACCCUGCGAGAUUCUGCGGCUGCGGCAUCCUCUUCUCAGGCAGCCAAAGUAUCCAGUCCGGGAGUGAGGCAGGGUAAUAAUACACAGACUGCUGUGAGGGAGGAAAAAACUGUCUGUAGGAUGCAAUACUGCCGAAUUUCUCUGUUGGCCAAAGAUCUCAGGGGACAUCUAAUUGAGAAGCACAAGGAGAAUGUGUUUCAACUAAGGGCAUCAUCCUACCUCAGUAAAUCCUAUUUUAACUUCGAUCUAACUUGUACUGGAGGAAAUCGUCGUGCUCUUCUCACUGAAUUUGGUAUUUUUUUCCUGAUCAUUCGCGUGGAAAAGCUCAAUCGGCUCAAUCCCAAAGAUCUCAUUGUGACGGCCUGGGUUCAGGGGACUUGCACAAACAACGAAGCACCUCUUUUUUACUCCUGGCUCCAAGUCAAUGUAAGACAUAUCAAGGCAACGUAUCAUGAUUACGUCCACGGAAGCCGAUCCACGGUGUCUCAGAUCGAGGAGAAGAACGAGUGUCUGAAUUUUGCAGUGAGAGCUGAACCCUACAGCACUUUGAAGAUUCAGGGAUAUGUCUGCCUCAAUAAAAAUUACUCUGAACGCCCUCGACGAACUGAGACGGAGACUGAAUACUGUUCCAACGACAAUGUCUCUUCCUCAUCCACCGAUGACGGUUACUACUAGAAGCCGGAAUACUGACAAUCAGCGCCCAAUCAGCUUUGCUAGAGCCAUGUUAAUCUUUGUGUAUUAUUAUUCCUUUCCUGGGCACAUUUUUGGAGUAAAUUUUGAAUAUGUUAUUUUCUUUGUAUAAAAUUGAAAUAUUCAAUAUAAAAA